AUGUUUGGUCCAGUAAAUUCUUAUUCACUCUUUCUCUACAGACAGAAAAUGGGGAUGAUCUUUGAACGCGCUCUCUUCAUAACUGUAAUAGCACUGAGUUUUAUAACCCUGUGUGACACCAUCAAGCCCACUCAGAGGCCAAAGUACCAGUACACCAAGAAACCCCCCCGAGAGGUGGUCCAAACCACUGUAUAUGUCGGCAAGCCUACAGUCACAGCACGGAUUGUGGACUACACCAAAACCAGAGAGCGCUUCUCUGCGCACGUCACAGAGAGCACUACAGUUCCUGCUGACAGCUAUGUAGACUACCCUACAGACACCACCGCAUCUCCCACCACGGCCAAAGACAAUUACACACUAGACUACAAUGAAUGCUACUUCAACUUCUGUGAGUGCUGCCCUCCAGAGAAAGGCCCACAAGGCUUCAAAGGAGAUAUAGGACUGGCAGGCCCAACUGGAGAAAAAGGAGCACCUGGACCCAAAGGUAUGCCGGGCCCAAUAGGGCCAAAGGGCUUUUCAGGAUCUAAAGGGGAUAAAGGAGAGAAAGGUGAUCAAGGAAACAUAGGACUGACUGGGUCUCCAGGCAUCCAGGGAAAGGCUGGAAUGAAAGGUGAGCUGGGUAUUAAAGGUGAGAAGGGUGCAGCUGGACUGCCAGGAUUCAAAGGUUCGAAAGGAGAAAAAGGAGAUCCAAAUUUGAAUGUGUCAAAAGGUGAUCAGGGAGAGACAGGCAAAGAUGGACCACCGGGACCCCAAGGCAUGACUGGUGAAAAGGGUGAAAAGGGUGAUAGAGGAGAGUGCGGUUUACUUGGUGACAGUGGCCAGAAAGGUGAGCUAGGUGAUCCUGGACCACCAGGUGUGCAUGGAGACCCUGGUUCAUCUGGGCAACACGGCAUGCACGGGACUCCAGGAAUCGCCGGAGAACGCGGGGAACCAGGAGUUCCUGGAGCAAAGGGCGAGCCAGGAGCACGGGGACAGCCAGGAGUCAAAAGUAUGAGAGGUCUGAGGGGAAUGAAGGGUGACCGUGGCCCCCAAGGGAACCGUGGAGACCGAGGCCUACGGGGACUGAAGGGCUCAAUGGGUCAAAGUGGAUCGAGAGCACGGUCUGCUUUCAGCGUCGGCUUAUAUCCAAGCAAGUCUUUUCCCCCAUCUGGAUUUCCAGUUCGCUUCGACAAGGUCUUCUACAAUGGAGAAAACCAUUAUGACGUAGUCACGAGCAAAUUCAACUGCACCUACUCAGGAGUUUACGUGUUCUCCUACCAGAUCACGGUGAGAAACAAGCCGCUGCGUGCUUCUCUGGUGGUGAAUGGAGUGCGUAAGGUACGUUCGAGAGACACCCUACAGGGUCAAGACAUUGACCAGGCAUCCAAUCUAGUGAUCCUGAAGCUGGAUGUGGGAGACGAGGUGUGGGUAGAGACGCUGAGAGACUGGAACGGUGUCUACUCCAGCAGCGAGGAUGACAGCACCUUCUCUGGGUUCUUGCUCUAUCCUGACUAACACCUUCUUC